CUGGACAUUCCCGUCUUUCAUACUGAAGAAGGCAGAUACCUCGCUAAGUCUCUCGGAGAUCCUUUGAUCAAAGGUUUAACCGAAGUGGCAAACAUAAAACCAAAAGAUCCAGUCGCGUUCCUUGCCAGUUUUCUACACCAUUUCCCUGAAAGUGAGAAACCUCGAAUAAAUACCCAGGAAACUAACGUAAUAGUGACUAGCGAAGCACCGGAAUUAGAAAACGAGCAUCUUCCGCCGGCAUCGCCCCUUGUCUCUGCUAAAUCUCAUAACAAACAACGGAGUGCAGCGCGAACAGCUACCCUUCCCCAACGACCAAUUGACGUUAUUACCCUGGAUCCAAAAUCUGAAGUCAAUCCCGAUGCUCCUGAAAACGCGUUUAGUAGUGGCACCAGGGACGAACAUGGUCAGUCAAUGCUGCACUUCGCAGCGGCGCGUACCCACGCCAACAACGCGCUGUUCCAACUGCUCCAGGAAUCUGACGUGAGUCUGGGCUACCGGGACGAACUCUAUCGUACUGCAAGGGAUGUCUCGAUACAAGCAAAUGUACCGGAGAAUACAGUGGAGAUUGACAAAUUUGUAUUGCACUUAGCUGCAAGAGGGAAAAGUGAGAAAAUUAUGGAAUUAUUAUUGCAAGGAUACGACCAUAUAAUAGACAUUGUGGAUUCAGAUGGAACAUCCAUUACGGAAAUUGUUUCACAGCGAGGUGACACGGAAAUGAGUGAUCUGCUAGCAUCGAUACCGGAAUUUGAAGAGUCGAGAGAGGCCCUGCACGUGGCGGUGCGGCGCGGCGACGUGGGGCGCGUGCGCGACGUGCUGGCGGCGGCGGCCGGGCGCACGGUGGCGCGCGCGCACAGCGCCUUCGGCAGGACGGCGCUGCACGUCGCCGUGCUGGCGCAGCACGAACACGUCGUUGAAUAUUUAGCUGAAACGUGUCCCGAGCUGCUACGCAUCGGGGACAAUCUGGAGCGCACACCUCUACACUAUGCAAUGGGAGUUGAGAAGAUAGAAUCUCUAAGCAGAAUACUAAUCCGAGCUGGCUCAAAACGGGUAUUAAAGGACCUGAAGGGGCGUCAACCUUCCUACUACUUUAUGAAUAAGUCAGAUAUACUGCGGCUAAAGGAAGAAGAGGAGGCGUAUUAA